CUAUCUCCUUCUCCUCGAAUCGGCCGCGACUAGCAAGCACCACCAGUGAACCAAAACUGAGCUCCAAUUGCGCGCCCGCGCGCUCGCUUUGCCGGCCACCGUCAUGCCUCCGAUCACAUCUUCACUUCACAUACGCUUCAGCCUUCACAUUAAACCAAUCUUCCUUUCGUUUACUCGCUUCUCUCACUCAUCACUUUCACCUCGGAAAUUACCUCUGUCAAUAUACCCUAGAACUCUUUCCUCUAUCGCCUCCUCUUAUUCUCCAAUCGAUAAUGUGACCUGCGGCGCAGGCGGAGGAAGGUCCGGCGGCCUAACUUCUCCCCCACCGGUUCUUGAAGAACCAAUUGAAAAAAUCGACGUGAAUCCUCCGAAAGGAACCAGAGAUUUUCCUCCUGAAGAAAUGCGACUCCGUAACUGGCUCUUUAACAAUUUUAGAGAGGUGUCUAAGCUGUAUGGAUUCGAGGAGGUUGAUUUUCCUGUUCUGGAAACGGAAGCCUUGUUUAUUAGGAAAGCUGGGGAGGAGAUUAGGGAUCAGUUAUAUUGUUUUGAAGAUCGUGGAAAUCGUCGUGUUGCAUUGAGGCCUGAGCUUACUCCUUCUCUGGCAAGGCUAGUAAUACAGAAAGGAAAAUCAGUACCCCUCCCAUUGAAAUGGUUUGCUGUGGGACAGUGUUGGCGAUAUGAGAGGAUGACAAGGGGUCGUCGUCGUGAGCAUUAUCAGUGGAAUAUGGAUAUUAUUGGGGUACCUGGAGUCACUGCAGAAGCAGAGCUUAUUUCAUCUAUUGUCACAUUUUUCAAGCGCAUUGGAAUUACUGCAUCAGAUGUUGGAUUCAAGGUUUCUAGCCGAAAGGUUUUGCAGGAAGUAUUGAGAUGUUAUUCCAUAUCUGACAAUUUAUUUGGCAAAGUUUGCAUCAUCAUCGACAAGAUUGAGAAGAUUCCUGUUGCUGAAAUUAAGAAAGAAUUGAAGUCAGUGGGGAUGUCAGAGGAAGCUGUUGAGGAGCUACUGCAAGUACUUUCCAUAAAGUCAUUGACAAAGUUGGAAGAGAUACUCGGAGGUGCAGGGGAAGCAAUUGGUGAUCUUAAACAACUUUUCUCACUCGCCGAAAAGUUUGGUUAUUCUGAGUGGAUUCAGUUUGAUGCUUCAGUUGUCCGCGGCCUUGCAUACUACACUGGUAUUGUUUUUGAGGGUUUUGAUAGAGAAGGAAAGUUGAGAGCCAUAUGUGGUGGUGGGAGAUAUGAUCGCUUACUUUCUACUUUUGGUGGGGAUGACCUUCCAGCUUGUGGAUUUGGAUUUGGUGAUGCCGUUAUUGUUGAACUACUCAAAGAGAAGGGUCUCCUACCAGAACUCGGCCUUCAAGUAGAGAACAUUGUCUGUGCUCUAGAUAGCGAUCUUCAAGGAGCAGCUGCUAGAGUUGCUACCAUACUCAGAGAGAAAGGACAAAAUGUUGAUUUAGUUUUGGAAGACAAACCUCUUAAAUGGGUGUUCAAAAGGGCUGCACGUAUAAACGCACAGAAGCUUGUGUUAGUAGGAAAAACAGAGUGGCAAAAAGGUAUGGUUGGAGUAAAAAUCCUGUCGACUGGUGAACAGUACGAGGUUAAGCUCGACGAGCUACAGUGAUAAAUGUAAUAGAAUAUUUUGUCAUUUUUAUGUACUGUAACUGUAUUGAUGCCUGUGGUUUACUAAUAGGUAUAAUUUAUUAUAUUGUUUUUAUUUA